UGUAGACACUGUCGCAAUAUCAAUUCAGCUCCUUGGAGUCUCUCCAGCGGUCCUGAGUAUCCGUUUUGUGCCCCUCCCUCGACGCAUACAACACCCCUUCUUCGAUGGCUAUGUCAACUACCUCGCUAACCCUGAUCGUCGCCUCAGCGGUGCUCCUGAUCUUCAUUGCAACAUUGAUCGCACUCCUAAUGCUGAUGAUCUGCAGAAAGUCCGGCAGUCCCCAAGAAGGCCGGCAAUCAGAUCAACUCCCAACCACCAUUCCUCCUCCAACACCCAACAAUCCUCCUCUGCCAACUCCGAGCGGUCCCAGUCGAGGUUCCAGAGGUUCAAGAGGCUCCAGAGGUUCCAGUGGUACCCACUCACUGGAUCCAAGCUCCGUGGUAUCUUAUAGCUUCUCGAUAUUGAUUGAUUGCACUAACAAUUUUGACGAGGCUGGUAGAAUUGGUCCAGGGGGAGGCUUUGGGUACGUGUACAGGGCCAUUCUAGAUGACAGGGACGUCGCUAUCAAGGUCAUGAAAGGCAACGUAACGACUGAAAAUCGCAAGCAGUUUAAGGCGGAAGUGAACACUCUUAGUCGACUCCACCAUGCCAAUCUCGUCGAGCUGAUUGGCUACUGUUAUGAAGCGCGCCGAUGCAUCUUGGUCUAUCCUUUCUAUUCUGGCGGGAACUUGUCUGACCGGAUACACAACAGACCCGUCAGCACCGGCGGCCCUGUCGGGACCGCAGCUCUUCUCCCGCCAUUGGGACUCGUUGAGCGUGUCUGGAUCGCAUUGCAAAUCGCAGAUGGGUUGCGAUACCUACACUUCGGUGCUGUUCCGCCCGUACUGCAUCGGGACAUCAAGAGCACCAACGUGCUGCUGGACGGCAGGGUCGGGACAGAGCUGCGCGCCGUUCUCGCCGACUUCGGCAUGGCGCGACUCGGCGAGCGCGUGUUGGGAUCCCAUGCGGACAGAUCGAUCGCGGCAUCCUGCAUGGCGGGUACGAGGGGCUACAUCGCGCCAGAGUACUUGGAACAUAGACGCCUGUCGACGAAGGCUGACGUGUACUCUUUCGGGAUCGUCCUGUUGGAGCUCAUAACGGGGCGGAAUGCGCUGGAACCGGCGCUUGCAUCGGCGGGCGGCGGGUAUCAAGCGCUACCAGCAUGGGUUCGAUCCAUCGUUGACUGUCCGAACGUCGAUCUUCUGAGAACGAUUGUGGAUCGGAACCUUCGGCCUGAUCUGUCCACGUGGCCCCAGGCACAGCAGAUGGCGCUGGAACUGCUGUGGUUGGCACUUGAAUGUGUUCAGGAGGAUGAUCAGCAAAGACCCAACAUAGACAUCGCCCAAGAGAGAAUAAGUCGUAUCAUGGAAUUGCAAGGUAAACAAGUGGACAAACGACAGAUGCAGUGAUAUGACUGGAUGAUCCAUUCGUUUCAUUGGGUCCGUAAAUGGUCCCCGCUAGCAGCACAGACAAUUUUGUCCUUGCUGUUCUGGAGAUUGUCGAUGCACCAGAUCGGAUAAACCAAACAGGUGUGA